AUGACGACACAAAAAUAUGAUGAUGAAUCUCCAAUGGAGAUUGAUGCAACUAACGAUGCAUUUGCAUACGAUGACCAAACAACAACAACAUCAGUUGAUCCAAUUGAUCAAGCGAUUGGUUUUUCGCCAAACAAACAACGGGAACUACCGGUGAACUUAAGUCAAACAGACCUGCUCGAAGAGCCCAUCUCAAACCAGUCUAUCAACGACGACGAUGAUGAUGAAAGAGGUGUGAGUGAAAGCCAUGGAUACAUAGAUCAUGCAAUACUGUGUGAAGAGGCUCGUGAAUUAUUAAAAAUUUAUUAA